AUGCAGUUCAUGGUAGUGGAGGUGCUACGCACAACUGAUCACACUUACCGGCAUGAUCUGGAGUCCUUUUUCUACGUCCUGCUCUGGAUGUGCGCACGCCAGUCAUGGCGCAAUGGGUUUGCUGGCGAAGAGACGCCACCCAAGGAGAGUCUUCUUCGGAGAUGGGAAAUCGGCAGCUUCAAGUACAUCGCAGAUGCGAAGGAGGGCCACAUGACCGUAAACGGCGUCGAGAGGAUUAUGGGUGAAUUCUCAGGAGCAUUUGAAAGCGUGGAGCCGCUAUGCCUGAAGAUUGAAAAGAUUCUAUUCCCCUUAGACAGCUAG